GGUUUCACGAAACAAACAUAUCCAUCAUGUUAAUCAUGCCAGAGCACAGGCCAUUUUAGGUCACGUCUUUUUAACCAUAAAUGUCUUUAGGCUUUACUGGCAUUUUCAAAUAUAAAUUGUUUAUGAGGAGGUUAAAACAAGUUGAUUUCGUUGAUAAAAAUUUUAUGAGAGAAGCUGAAUAUGUCCACGAUUCCUCUGAUUUCAAUUAAAUGUGGAAGAAUUGUGAAAGAACGUAAAUGUUAUCUUGUUUUAAGAAAAAAUACCUUGUCCAGUUUAGAUUUGUUCUUCAGUGAUGGAAAAGACGAAUUAAAUAAGUUACAAUGCAAGAAUAUUUCUGCAAUAGAUUUGAAAGUUGAAGCAAAGUUUGGUUCCAUCGAUGAAUUGGCAGGAUUUCUUUUAAUCGAGUGUUCAGUGCUAGAAACAAAUGAGAAUCUAGAGAGAAAUUCAGCAUCGGUAAAUAGUCUGCGCGGUUACCAUGAAGAAAGCAGCUUGGUUCAAGUUAAAUUUCACGUUGAUCACACAGGAGCUGUACGGGAUAUGCUGCAAAUGCUGCGAACACAGUCUACAAAUUUAGAAAAUACUUUAGGUAUAGCUCAAAGAAAAGUAAGAGAAGGUCUCCCAGAUUGGGUCAUAUACAUUCCCCAUUGUGUUUAUUCAAGACGUACAAGGCAAUUUAUUGACUGUGUUAUAUCUCUUUACUUCAUAUUUUCUUUUCUUUGGGCCAUUUGGCAACUUCAUCGGCACGUGGAUUUUGUUCGAGAAUUUGUCAAACCAUUAGUGGAAUUUGUUCAAUACCAGUACCAGCUUGUAGACAACAUUGCUCAUUUAUUUAACACUUUGUUUGAAAAAUAUACCAUCCAAUGGCUCUGUGUCAUAAAGCCACUUUACACACUGACAUCAUCAAUGACUAAUCCAUUAUUGCAAACUGUUGCCACAUCUUAUUGGAUACUUUGGCCAAUUAUUUCACCAUUCGUACAGGUCUUAAAAGUUAUCAAAAUAGCUAGCUCUCAGAUAUGCCUUGUACUUUGUGACAACUUUAUUUUUUCUCUAUUUACAAAAUACUUGCAAGUAGUUUGCCAAGCAUUAUCAACAACAUUAAGUGGCUUGGGAAAAAGUAACUUAGACCCACUAAAAGCUCAGUUUCUUCUGAUUAGGUCAAUAAUUAUGCAAAGUGGGAAAGCAGUUUUUUUUGGUGUUAUUCAUUUUGUUAAAAGGAUUUACAAGUUUGUUUGGUUAAGAAGAAGUGGAAAGAUUCAGAAAAAUAAGUAAUCUAGUACAUGCUAUACUCAAACUUUACCAAACAAUGUUUUAAAUAUUACAUAUUGUUUAUAUAUAUAUAUAUUUAUAUUACAGUAAUUACAAUGCUGAAAAUAGACUAAAAGGUAUUUAUUAGAUUCAUUGUAACUGACCUUAACAGCACAUUGUACUCAAAUUUUGGCUUCUGUCAAACCUACCUUAGCA